UACGACCGCGUCAGUGAUCCGACAGCGAUCGAAGCCGGCGUAUAGCGCAAACCGCUGAGUAUACACUUUUGGCGUUUUAUGGUAUCAAAAUAACACUAUCGUUUUUUAGCCGGUCGCGUCAUCGGUUCUGCAUAGAAAAUUCAGUCUGAAUCAGUCAGCACACAAAUCUGUUAUAUAAUAUUAUUAUCAUCAUAAUACAUAACUUUUCUCCGUAAAACAAUAAUAUCGUUAACGCGCGACCGCUUGCUGACAGUCGACGAACGAGUAGAAUCGCCGGCGAUGAACAGCUCGCGAUAAGCAUUCUGUUUCGCGCACAAGGUAAAAUUAUGGUGCAGCGGCAGCAGCACACGUGCCCGGAACUGAUCGAAAUAUACCGGUCAAACGUGAUCCGUUAUUGUUUUCAGUUCGGAUACAUAUCGUCGCCAUAAUACAAUGAUGGCUCGAGCGUACGUGACUGUAUGGAUUGUGGCGUGGGCGUGCUGUCCGGCUGUCUCCACCGUCGGUGUCAAGGUGACGAAAUGCUGUCCCAGGGACAUGAUAUUGGCGAUCGACACGUUCUCGUGCACGGGCUUUGUGACCGACGACCAAAACCAGCGCGAGUCGUACGCUUGGUCGUCGGAAGACGACUCGGCCGUGGCCACUGCACCGGAAGACUUUGCGUUCUCCGUCUCCAAAAGCAACUCUAUACCCUGGUGGAUACCGCCCUACAUGGAGUUCCUGCAGGCUUCGAACCUAUCGGAAAACUUCGAACCCGACGACCGGUUGUUCAACAUGGACGGCCGCAUGCCGUGCGACAUAAGCGUCCGGGAGAUGACCGUCAUCGACGAGGACGUGGCGGUGCUGGACGACGGGCGGCUGGUCAUGUUCGGACAGGAAAACCGGACGACCGGCGGCGUUCACGGGCGGCUUACGUUCACCAGCUCCGAGUAUUGCAUCGACCGCGUGUCGCUGGUGGACGGCAUCACUGUCAACGCCAAGGCCACGACGACCACCGCGGCCGCUAGGGCGACGACCACCGCGGCCGCUAGGACGACGGCCACGCCGACCACGACCAGCACGGCCUCCACUACCACGGCGGCGGCGGCGGUCAACGGCAGCAGGAUCAACUCGCCGGACGGCAUGUCGGCCGCCGUCAACAACGAAACGCAGUCCACGUACACGUACGUGGCGCUGGUGUGCCGGCCUUGUUCGAGGAUGACGUGCGUGCCGAAGUGCUGCGGCAAGGGAAUGAUGCUCGUGUACCAGAAGCACAACAAGAACGACGUGGUCGGAUGCCGGAGAGUGCAGUCCGUGGUCAACGCCACUGCGGCCAUACACAUGAAGUUCGUCAACGGCACGGAACUGCGACGUAAGGACCUCUAUUUCUACGGCCUGAAGCCGCCGAACUGCGGUAACCGCGGCUGGUACCUGCUGGGCGCGGACCCGAAGAAGACGGGCUCCUUGGCCGCCAACAAGCCGCUGUCCGGCUACGGCCUGCUGCCCGACGGCCGCGUGCAGGUGGACGGCGGCCUGGUGCCCAUCGAGCGCGACGACUACUGCGUGGACGCGAUGCAGGCCGGCCCGGAGACGGCGCCCGUAGCGUACACGGGCGUGAUGCUGGCCUGUCGGCUGGCCGCCGGCGUGGCCGACGCGGCUGGACCGCUCAAGUUCCGCCAGAUACUGUACGGCGUCUACUUCGUGGUCGGCACGAUAUUCCUGGCCGCCACGCUGCUCAUAUACGCCGUGCUGCCCGAGCUCCGCGUCACCGUCCACUCGGGCAACCUGAUGGCGCACACCGUCUGCCUGUUCGUGUCGUACGCCACGCUCGCGGCCACCACGCUCGUCCGGCAAAUGUUCAACAAUUGCGCCUGCAUCAUUGCCGGUUUUGUCAUACAAUUUUCAUUCCUUGCAGCAUUUUUCUGGCUGAACGUCAUGUGUGCGGACAUUGCAUGGACAUUUAGCGGAUUCAGGCUACUUUUGUCUUCAAAUAAAAUUGAAAACGAGAAGAAAAAAUAUGUAAUUUAUUCAGCUUAUGCGUGGGGCUGUAGCAUUGGAAUCACAAUAUUAACAGCUAUGGCCGAAUUCACCAAAUUAUUUGGUGAUAGUAGUUAUAAGCCAAAUUUUGGCAAUUAUGAUUGUUGGUUUUCUAAUAAAUUUUCAGUUGGUGUAUUCUUUUAUUUACCAAUUGGGUUACUUCUUUCAACCAAUUUCAUACUGUUCUUAUUCACUGCUUUUAGAAUUGUAUUUAUACGAAGGGGUACUUCAAAAGUAUUGAAUCGUCAAAACAAUCACAACGAUAUGAGGUUGUCGCUGUACUUAAAGCUGUUCUGUCUGAUGGGCGUGACUUUCGUUUUCGAAGUGAUCUCGUGGGCGGUGGAAGCGCCCGCUUACUACUGGUACGCUACGGACGCGAUCAACUCUCUCCGCGGCGUGUUUGUAUUUUUUAUAUUUUGUUGGAAGCGGUCAGUGCUCAACUUGCUGCUAGCCCGGGCGCCCGAGCCGGCCCGAGAACGGUUUGUCCGGACAUUCGGCGUCCGCGAAGCGCACAGGUACCCGAGUUUUUCGUCGUCGUGCCAUCCCAACAACUUCGGUACCACCACCAACAUGAGCACGCGGACCCACAGCAGUGGCGCGACGUCGGCGCAGACGGCUGUCAGCGGAUUGCAGCUGUCGCAGUUUGGCAGUUCGGCGUCUGUCGCGGCGGUGACGUCGGCUAGGAGGGAUUCAUCUGGACGAUAGUGAUUGGCGGCGGCAUCAUGACCGUUCGACCAAUUUUAAAAUAAUAUUAUUAUACUGAGAGGGCCCGUCAUCACGACAUGAUUGGGUAGGUUGGGGUGGGAUGGAAUCGGAGGUUGCCAAAAUGUGUACAUAGUUAAUGGAAAUGUGAGUCAUAGUAUUUGCAGUGGACGGGAUCAAAGAGCAUCAUAUUGUUAUUAUAAUAUACUAGUUACCACAAAGCGGUUAUAUUUACAUACGAUCGAAACUGUGGUAUUAAAAAACCAUCAUUGAUAAUAUUAAUAAUAACGUUAUAGAGUUAAAACUAAUAUCAGUGACGACUAAUGGGGUUUACGUAAUGUGGUACACAAACAUUUUUGAGAUGCGUAAUGUUUCGAUUAAUUUGUCAGUAUUCACGUUGAUGUCUAGACUCGACAAAUAGGUUAGUGAAAUGGCCACUCAAAUUCUAAAACAAUAUAAUAUCCUGUGUUAUUAGUUUCUCAUACUUCAAUAACGUAUAGUCUAAUACUGAAACGUGUGAGUUAUUUUUUUGGCGCAAGCUACAAUUAUUCAUCAUGCAAAUUACAAACGAAUUUCAAGAAUGCCGAUACAAAGUACAUAAUAUUGUGUUGUAUAUAAUAUUUUAGAUUAAUUUUAGUGGAAAUCGACGACGGUCUUAACAUACCGGUGUACGUCUGCAAGAGGGUAAUGUUACUUUUAAAGCCACCGACCAGAACGUGUGUAUAAGGGUCGCAGAGAUACCCGACAUUCCUCCGCUACCUACCAUCCCCCUGAGGAAUUUACGGUAUAUGGUUUGAAACGAUUAUUUCGUAAUAUAAUAUAAUUUAUACUAUGUAUCUGUUAAAUGAUCUUAGACUUCAGUAUAGUAUUCUAUAUGUAUAUUCCAGUCUCCAGAACCAAUAGGUCGUAUAUAUUUUAUUUAUUUUAUUUAAUUAAAAAUUUUUAUACACACGAAUAAUGGGCCCCACUGAGAAGACUCGUGUUGUAUGAAAUAACUAUCUUAUGUUACUUAUUUUUCCCACCCGUUUUUCAUACCCUCUGCAUCCAUCAAUUGUCGCUUGUAUUCCCGGCCGGAGCACUAACAGAAAAGUAUAAUAUAUCUACUGCGGCUUAUUUAAUGCGAUCAUUGUAUAUGAUAUGUUUUUCGAACAUUUUCUUUGUCUCGUCGAUUUAUUAUUUUUUUUCUGUAGUUUCGACAUAUUCUUAUACUUAUACGAUACGGUUGUCUGCAGGGGGUUAUCCGUCCGACCCAACCGAUUUAGACCUGCACUUUGUCCAUAUAUCAUGCACCGGUACGACCCAUGUCGACAUUUUGUGUGAUUUGUGUGUAGGCGCGGUUUUUAUUCUUAUUAUACCAUUUUCAUAUAUUGAUUGUAUUUUUCUUUUCUUUAAAAUUUUUAAAACACGAUUUCUGAACUCUAUGACAAAAAAAAACCAUUCCUGUGAAAUCAUAAAUAUGUUUCACUCAACUGCAGCUGCACGACGUGAAUACUGUAUAGUUUGUAUUGUGUGUAAUCCCCACAAAAUUCGUUGAAGAUUUCCUUUUUUCAUUUAUUGUGACCUAAAAUCACGUGUUAAACCCGAGAUGUAUUUUAUAGAUAUUUUGUUUGGCCACUUUAUAUUACGGGGAACCGUAAUCUAUACAUCUGUUGCCAACAUUAUGUUAUACGUAAUACGUACGACUAUUGCAUCAUCUUUUAAUUUUUUCACUUUUUAAAAAUAUAAUUCUUAUUUUAACAUAUACAUUUUAAGUCAUAAACUCGAUUUUCUGAUUAAAUAAAUAGCAUAUAA